AUGAGUCGCCUCAGUGAUACAGACUCCCAAGUCAUUUCAGCAUCUCCAUCCGGCAAAGACCACAAUAUUCCCCCGACGCAAGACCCCAUCUCGAAUACAGCAGUUUCAAAGGAAUCUAUCAAUGCUAUCCUCAAUUUUCUCUCAACCUCAACCAAUGAGACCCUCCUUGGAGUCUUUGCACUUCUUGCACUUGUCACCUACGUUGUCCUGGGGAGAAUCGGUCUGCUUCUGAUUGGAGUGGCUGUUGGGGUUGUCCUGCACGCAUCCUGGGAGGGAUCGGAUAGCGAACACCCAGGCGGAGUAUCGCACGCGCAAAAGUCCAACAGGCGUAGAGAACUUGCGCUGGAAGUCUCCAAUAGGCUUUUGGACUGGCCGAAACGGGCUGGUGCUUUAGACAUCCAAGGGGGAGAUGGUGGUUCUAUAAGUACGCUUGAAGAUAUGUCCUCGGCAGACUUGGAAUAUGCUACCUUCCAACCGGCCACCGCUGUUGCGCUGAGAGCGCUCACCGAUGCAGUCAUUGAUGACUAUGUCAAACAUUGGUAUGAGCCACUUUUACCGUCCGAAUCAAGUUUCCCAGGCUCGUGUCGAAGAAUUUUGACUCAUUUCAUUACAUCAGUCUCCUCGCACCUUUCGCGGAAACGAACAGAGGAUACAUUCUUGCAGUUUCUCACCAACUCCUCAUCCAUCGUCAUUGUAUUCUUGAAUGAACUUGCAGCAGCAUUCACCGCUGUGGGCUCCUCCCCGGCGGAAGCCCAAAAAACCGUGGAUCAGUACCUUGAACAAUUUCCGGAUAGCAGCCUAGCGAAUAUCUUGUCUGAGAAACAACAAAAGAAGAAACUCGGCAUGAUUGCGGAUGAUAUACUGGCGAAUUUCUUGGAUUCCAAGGCCUACAAUUGUCUGGCUGUACGGGACUUCCUCCGUGAGGUCUUUGCGGGAGUGAUAUUGGGGUCCACUGUUACCAGUCUUGCCCGUCCUGAAUUCAUCAAUGAAUGGAUUAUCUGUCUCCUACAGGGCGGUGAAUCUGAAAUCAUGCACGCUAUCGACGCAGGUGUGGAAGGUGCACGGAACCAGGGCGUUGGUGCUCCCAGGUCUUCAGAAGACCCGAAGAGGGACUCCAUUAAAUUGACACAGAGAGACUCAAUACAUGUGGCAAGGGCUACAGAGGAAGAAGCAGUUCUAGAGGUGAAACGUCUAAGCGCUAUGAUUGCAUCCCAUGAUACACAGAGCUCAGAGCCGGAACGGCCACGCCAAGACAAACGAAUUGACGAAAAUUGCCCUUUAAAGGCUGAUAUUGCUUCAAACACGACUCAUGAAAACGAAGAUCACGAAGAUCAGGGACCAGUGUCCGAUAUGAAAUUACUUCCAAGCCCGAAAUUACCCGAAGACUCUGCUAUGCCACCUUUGAUUCUUCAUGGGGCACAAGUGUUGGUAGAUGAUGAUGGAGCGAGGGAUGAAAAGGGCCAAAUUAAGUCGCGGCCCAUGUGGGAUUAUCUACUACAGGUCGAACCAGCGUCAACACGCUCGACUGGAUGGAUGGUGUUUCGCAAAUAUUCGGACUUCCAGUCUCUUCACGAGAUGCUGGGAACCGUUUCACGAUUGAAUCUAAUUUCAAGUUUUUCGGAGCGACACCCCAUACUACCCACGUGGAAGGGCAAAACACGACAAGCUCUCGCUCGGGACCUUGAGUGGUAUUUACAAGACGCCAUGAAACACGAGUCACUUGCCGACACGGAUCGAAUGCACCGGUUUUUGGAAAAGGACGCUGGUUCUUCUACUGAACCCGUCGGUCCUAGCAAACCGGUAUUCUCUUUCCCUAGUCAGACUGCGUUUGAAAACAUGGGCAAGGGUGUGUUGGGUGCAUUGACCAAUGCACCCAAGGGAGUGGCAGGGGGUGGUAAAGCCGUCUUUGAGGGAAUGACGGGAGUAUUCGGAGGCGCCGCCAAUGACAAGAAACCGGCUGUCACUGCUGGUCAGAUUCAACCAGAAAUUGAUAACUCCAGUCGCCCCAGUUUGUCGCAGACACGGUCCAACCUUGGUGAUAGUGCCGGCAUAAGCAACGAAAACGUCGACGCGCCUGCUGUGGUGUACCAUCGUGACUCCCUGGAAAUCCAAGGAGGCGAAAUUUCCAAGUCGCCUUCGAUUGACAGUGCCAGAGAGGCGUCUGGGAAUGAGCAAGGUGCAUGGGCCACAGCAGUUUCGCCCUCUAAAACCUCGCUUGAUAUCAGCAAUCAUACUACAGAAAUUGACAUCCAGGCAGCGGGAACUAUUGAUCAAACCUCAUCACAUCGCCGAUCAGAGACUGUGCAGAGUAUUGAUCAACCCCGCAAACAGGGCAAUCCCAUCACAGCUGAUGAGACGCAGAUAGCAGUAGAGCUGAUAUUUGCGGUUAUCAAUGAGUUGUACACCUUGUCGUCUGCGUGGAACAUACGCCGAACCCUUUUGAAUGCUGCUAAAUCGUAUAUCCUGCGUCCUGGGAGCCCGACAUUGGAAACUAUUCGUACUCUGUUGCAAGAUUCCAUGAUAGAAGCCCACACUUCAGACAAUGCCCUGGGAGAUUAUCUCGUCAAACUUCGUGAGAACGCGCUUCCGACAGAGGAGGAAUUUAAACUCUGGCCCCCUCCACCAAGUGAGGAGGAGAAAAUCCGGCUACGAGAUACUGCACGUAAACUAUUCGUGCAGCGAGGUAUCCCACAGGCGUUAACGAGUGUUAUGGGAGCGGCUGCUAGUCGAGAAGCGCUAGAGAAGAUCUUUGAUAGUCUUCAAGUGGAGAGUGUCGCUCGAGGAUUUGUCUUCUCGAUUCUAUUACAGGGCCUUCGGGUGUUGACGCUUUAA